AUGGAGGUAUCACCAGGCCUAGUUGUGGAGGCACCAAGUUUAAUGUGCAAAUUAAACAAGUCCAUGUAUGGACUCAAACAAGAAAGUAGACAGUUGUAUCAUAAAUUAACUGAAGCAUUAUGUUCUAGGGGAUACACUCACUCAAUGCUUGAUAAUUCUUUGUUCUAUAAGAAAACUGAAGUUUCAGUAGUGUUUGCAGCUGUAUAUGUAGAUGAUGUUCUUGUCACUGGCACUCAUCUACAAGAUAUUGAAUCCUUGAAAACUUUUCUACAUAAUACCUUUAAGAUAAAAGACCUAGAGAGGCUUCAUUACUUUCUAGGAUUGGAAGUUCAAUAUACAGAAAAAGGAGUUUUGAUGUCACAAAAGAAAUUCACUAUGGAUCUUUUGAAAGAGUUUGGGUGUAUAGAUUGUCCUCCUAUGACUUCCCCUCUGGAUUCCUCUAUGAAGUUAAAGGCUGAUGAGGGAGCUCCACUGGCAUAUCCUUCCUAUUAUAGGAAGUUGAUUUAA